UACAGGAUGAAGAGGAAUGUGUUGGCGGUAUGCUAAGGAAAAAUGUCUCCUUCUCUCAGAUUCGGCUUUCCGACACUCCAGGAGGACGUGGAGCACGGUCAGCCUGUCCCCGCAUCUGCCACAGGUUGGAGGGUCAUUUCCGGGUAGGCCUUGCCUCGAAAAGCAGGGCCUUGGAGGCCACCAACCCAGAGGUCGAUGGGCCCUCCUUCGGGGACGGCGCAGCAGCGCUGGCUGCUGACGCCAGGGGGGCUGGUGGCACGGCCGCAACCACGCUCGUUGUGGUCUGGGCCGGAGCCGGAGUCUGCUGCGACGCUGCCCCCUUGCGCGCCGCACCAGCAUACCCUGAGGUUCGAGAGUAUGCUGCGUGUCCACCGUCACAGUUGGGACAGUGGGGUGUGCCAUUACAGUUGUUGGAUUCGUGUUCGUGGUCGCCACACUUUGCACAGGUUAGUCGGCCACGGCAGCUUUGCGAACCAUGGCCAUACCUCUGACACUUGAAGCAUCUACGGGGGUUUGGGAUGUAAGGCCUGACUCGAAGUUUGAUAUAUCCUGUUUCUAAGGUUUCUGGCAAAACGCUGGACGCAAAGGUGAGGAUGAGAUGUUUAGUUGGGAUAUCUUGGUUGUCUCGCUUGAUCUUUAUUCUUUGCACCUGAAUCACAUUGUGUUCUUUCCAGCCCUCCAGGAGCUCUUCCUCGCUUAGGCUCAAUAGAUCUUCAUCAGAUAUGACUCCUUUAGAUGUGUUCAGUGAUCGGUGGGCGGUAACAGUGAUUUUCACAUCACGGAACGCUAAGAGACCGGAGAGUUUUCCAUGCUGUACAGUGUCGCGGACCUCAAGAAGAAGGUCGCCACUGCUCAGUUUCGUCACUUUGUAGCCAGCACCUAGUGUUUCGGUAAGGCAUUUAGCUACGAUGAAAGGUGAGAUAGUUCUGACUGUCUUUUCAG